CAACGGCUGCUUCUAUUCCGCUUCUGCUUCUUCUUCUUCUUCGUCUCGGUGAAAGUUGCGCUUCUCGUCGGCGGAUAAAAUCUCAUUGUGUGUAUUUUAUUGGUGUAAAAUGCGGCUGGAUGUCAGCGCCGUGACCUCCGGCGGCAGAUGAGGGAAAACACCGACGUGUCUGCGAGGAAAGCGGAGCAGUUCAAGGUUCGUGCCUUUGUUUGUUUGGUGCGAGCCAUGACGGAGACACAUGGGUAGCUGAGGAGCCCAGCAGGCCUGGAUCCUGCUGUUCCCCUGCAGGCCCGAGGAGCUGCGCCCCCCCACCCCCCUCCCCCACAGAUCCCAGUCUCCGCCCCUGACCGCCGCGCACGGCCCCCGACCAUGAGGAGCACCAGGUCCAACCUGCUGCUGGGCUGCGUGCUCCUCAGCUCCGCCUCCCUGCUCUACCUGGGCAUGAGCGGGAUCGACUGCCCCCCGAAGAGCCACCGCCACCGCUGGAUGGAGCUCAACCUGGGCUCGGGCAACGAGAGCCUGUCCCUGACCGACCACUUCCCCGAGGACACGCCCCUCAUCUUCAUCGGGGGCUUCCCCAGGAGCGGCACCACGCUGAUGCGCGUCAUGCUGGACGCCCACAAUUCCGUGCGGUGCGGGGAGGAGACCAGAGUCAUCCCCCGCCUCCUGGCCAUGAGGGCGACCUGGAGCCGCUCGGUGAAGGAGAGGAUCCGGCUGGACGAGGCCGGGGUCACCGACCAGGUGUUGGACUCCGCCGUGCGAGCGUUCCUGUUAGAGGUGAUCGUGGGCCACGGCGAGCCGGCGCCCCGGCUCUGCAACAAGGAUCCGUUCGCCCUGAAGUCUCUGUCUUAUCUGGCUCGCAUCUUCCCCAAAGCCAAGUUUGUGCUCAUGCUGCGAGACGGCCGGGCGACCGUCCACUCUAUGAUUUCACGCAAGGUCACCAUCUCCGGCUUCGACCUGACCAGCUACCGGGACUGCCUGACCAAGUGGAGCAGCGCGGUGGACACCAUGUUCAGCCAGUGCCAGGCGGCCGGCGGCGCCCGCUGCCUGCCCGUCAGCUACGAGCGGCUCGUCCUCCACCCGGAGCGGGAGAUGAGGAAGCUGCUGCGCUUCCUGGAGCUGCGGUGGGACCCGGCCGUGCUGCACCACGAGGAGCUGAUCGGGAAGGCCGGCGGCGUUUCUCUGUCCAAGGUGGAGCGCUCCACAGACCAGGUGAUGAAGCCGGUCAACACCGACGCCCUCUCCAAGUGGGUGGGGAACAUCCCGCCCGACGUGGUCAGCGACAUGGCGGAGAUCGCCCCCAUGCUGGCCCGCCUGGGCUACGACCCCCACGCCAACCCGCCGGACUACACCAAGCCGGAGCCGGCGGCGGCGGAGGCAGCACACAACGACUCUCAGACCCUGAAAGCGACGGGAAGUCCCCACACCAGCUGAAGCCAGCCGCCCCGCAACGCCACGCCACGCGGAUGCACCUUAAAACACGGACUUCCAGCCCAGCAGCGACUCCUCCUGCCCAGGGAAUCGUCUUUUUUAGCGUCACAUGCGUAUCUUUGAGUCGUCCGUGAGACUUCAGUGCAGUUUCCCUGUCCGUGCUCGGGUGGAGUGUUUGAAACGCGGACCGCCUGCUCAGGGACGCCGGUCCGUCCUUUCCUCCUCCGCCAUCCUCACAUCCUCCCACCUGACAGUAUUUUGUCUCGCCUCCACCUCAAUGUGAAUGUGUCUCCACCCACUGAGAGCUGCAGCAGUGCUCACGAAGCAGAACGACUGUAUAUUUUUGAAGACGUAUGUUUAUUUUCUUAAUAAAUUAUUUUGGUGUUUGCCAUCCAUUCAGGAAUUUACAAUCUGAAAUGAUUUUUAACUGUUGUAAAUGGUUUUGGAAUUAAUAAUAAUAAUGAUGAUAAUAAAAAAAAAAACUGGUUCUGAAUGUCA